GCUAGCAAUAGCCUCCGGCUUCCGAAUCGGCAAUGCCCGCACAAGGAAGGCAGAACUUCUCCUGCUUCGCGACUUCCUCCUUGGACAACUGGGGGCUGAAGAGGACAUUGCUACGGCACAACGGAUUGGACGUCUCCUGAUUGCCGGAGGACUCCAUGCUGAAGAUGCCGAGCUCCCGAGCUGCCUUGGGCGGCCCAAGCGGCCUCGCGUGCCUUCUGAGAAGGUCCAGAGAUCGUUCGCUGCCGCUGCUGCCGACGAGGCCGACCUCUUCCUCGCGCCUCUUUCCUGCCAGCUAAAGCUCUGCAUCUUGAGUGGAGAAGGCGAUUGCGGCGUGUCGAGAAGGCUGCCUCAGCCGGCCCUGCCCUUCGCCAUCUUCCCAAGAAGCCGGAGGUCAGGAAACCUCGAGCUCUGGACCAAUCCAUUUUGUCGCGCAGAGGGCGAGCUGCAGGUUGUUGGCCACGCUGGCCAGCCAUUGCAUCUGGCUCUCCGCAAUGCUUCAGAGCCAACGACGGCACUGAAAUCUUUGCUCGACUGCUGGCGUCGACAGUACUUGGCGCCCAAAUGGCCUGAGUUCCUUCUGGACAGAGACUGCUCUUGGAUCCCUUCGUCAUCCCACAAGAGGCCCAGGCUCGUCGAGUUCUCCUCUUCUCGGGCAACUGCGAGUCGGCCGCCUGGGAGCGGCUCAGCGAGCCUCUCCUUGGGGGCGCUCUUGAGGUGGCAGCUCUUUGCAUCCCCGACUUCACGGUCGAACCGGCCCUCCUGCUCGUCAACACGGAGGACCUCACCAUCAAGAAGCUCAGCUUCCAAGUCGCCCAGGCCUAGGCCUUGCGCGGCCCAGCAUGCCGCAACGUUCACGUGGAGCGAGCCUGGUACUUCGAUUCUUCAAGCCGGCACGGACAGGAGGUCGUGGAUCGACAGGACGACAAAAUCGGCAUGA